AUGCGCUUGCCACUGUUGCUCCUCCUGCCGCUGGCCGCGUCCACUCUCGCCCUAACCAAACCCGACUACGACAAUUAUGAUUAUUAUGCCGUCCAUCUCUCGCCAGAUGCAUCUCCCGAUACCGUCGCAGCCCACCUUGGUGUCCAUUCAGACAGUGCUAUUGAAUCCCUCAAGGACCACUACGUCUUCAAGGCACCAAAGGCCUCACACGAUGUCAUACAUGAAGCCAAGCAGGACUUGAAGCGUCUAAGGAGGAAGAGACAGACUGGAUGGGAUCGCCGACAUGUUCUGGAUACAGUUCUGCUCAACAAGAAGCAGGAGCGUCGCCAGCGUCUGUUCAAGCGUGCACCACCGCCGCUUUCUGCUGCACUAGCUUUGCGUGCCGACAAGCAGCUGGCUGACUCCCAAGUUCAAAAAGGCCUGGAUAUUGCAAAGAGCUUGGAUAUCGAGGACCCUAUAUACAUGGACCAGUGGCACUUGUAUAAUCCUAAUCAGAUUGGACACGACAUCAACGUCACUGGAGUGUGGCUCCAGGGUAUCACUGGAAAGAAUUCGACCGUCUGCAUCGUAGACGAUGGCUUGGAUAUGGACAGCGAAGACUUGCGCGACAACUACUUUGCCGCUGGCUCCCAUGACUUCAACGACCAUGUCCCCGAACCAAAACCGAGACUGUCGGAUGAUCAUCAUGGAACUCGUUGCGCGGGUGAAGUUGCUGCCGUGAGGAACGACGUCUGUGGUGUAGGUGUCGCAUACGACUCCAAAGUCGCAGGUGUUCGUAUCCUCUCAGGCGCUCUGACCGAACUGGACGAAGCUCUUGCCCUGAACUUCGCGUACCAGGAGAAUCAGAUCUACUCUUGUUCGUGGGGCCCUCCGGACGACGGCCAAAGCAUGGAAGCACCGGGAAUCAUCAUCAAAAGAGCUAUGGUCGCUGGUGUCCAACAAGGUCGCCAAAAUCUCGGUAGUAUCUUCGUCUUUGCCAUCGGUAAUGGUGCAGCUAAUGACGACAAUUGCAACUUCGAUGGCUAUACCAACAGCAUCUACAGUGUGUCUGUCGGGGGUAUUGACCGCAAAGGCCUGCAUCCUUACUACAGUGAGAAGUGCUCGGCGCAGCUCGUUGUGACUUAUAGCUCCGGAUCUGGUGAUGCUAUCCACACUACAGAUGUUGGAGCAAACCAGUGCUAUGUCAGUCACGGAGGCACAUCAGCCGCUGGCCCACUGGUUGCGGGUAUAUAUGCCCUGGUGCUGGAAGUGCGACCUGACCUCACUUGGCGUGACAUCCAAUGGCUCACCGUCCUCACUGCUAUCCCUAUCGAUCAACCCGAAGACGAUUGGCAGGAUACCCCUCUUGGACGCCGCUUCAGCCAUGCUUCUGGCUACGGCAAGAUCGACGCUUAUGCUAUCGUAGAGGCUGCCAGGAACUGGACUAACGUUAAGCCUCAAGCAUGGUUCUUCUCACCGUGGAUGCAUGUCAGACACGCUAUUCCUGAAGGCGAAAAAGGAAUAGCUUCCAGCUUUGAGAUCACCGAAGAGAUGCUGAAAGGCGCCAAUCUGGAACGUAUCGAGCAUGUCACAGUGACUAUGAACGUGGAACACACGCGCCGUGGCGACCUGAGCGUCGAGCUGCGCUCGCCUGAGGGAAUUAUCUCGCACAUUGCGACUUCUCGUCGCAGGGACGAAGCAAAUGCUGGAUAUGAUGACUGGACCUUCAUGUCGGUUGCCCACUGGGGUGAGAGUGGAGUAGGAAAGUGGACUGUGAUCGUCAAGGAUUCGACCAAGAACGGCCACACUGGCAAAUUCAUCGAUUGGCACUUGAAGCUCUUUGGCGAGUCUAUCGAUGGAGCCAAACAGGGGCUACUGCCUCUACCUGAUGAGCACGACGAUGACAACCAUGAUAUUGAGACCACCAGUGUUGGCGGAACUACCACGAGUGUCGAUCAUCCUGUAGUGACGGGUGAGCCUCAAGGCAACCCUAGCGACCAUAUUGAUCGCCCGGUCAACACCAAGCCAACGGCCAAGCCUGACGCGGAAGAGGAUGAAGUCAGUGAGAAGCCGGAGUCCAACUUCCUGCCAUCACCAUUCCCCACUUUUGGUGCGUCGAAGCGCACCCAGGUCUGGAUCUAUGGAGCGCUGGCACUGAUUGCCGUAUUCUGCACGUCACUCACGAUUUGGUACGUCCUCACUAAGCGACGGCGACAACGCAACGCGCGCGAUGAGUAUGAAUUCGAAAUGCUCAACGAGGAGGAUAUCGACGACGAAGGAACAAGAGGCAACGGCGCCAAUGGCAUGAGUGCCAAGGCCAAGGGCAAGCGUAGGGCAGGUGAACUCUAUGAUGCAUUCGCAGAGGACAGCGACGAAGAAGACGUGUUCAGUGUUGGAGACGAUGAAGAGCAGGGUCACGAAGAUGAGCAAACAUAUCGGGACGAUGCAAACGAUGGUCGAGGAAGCCCCAGCCAAGGGCAUAGCGGCGUGCAUGGAACAUGA